AUGGUACUUGCCUCCACAGUCAGGCUCUCCUUCCAAGAGGCAAAGGCUCUAGACCAAGAUAGAACAGCCCUACAAAAAGUGAAGAAGUCUGUAAAAGCAAUAUAUAAUUCUGGUCAAGAUCAUGUACAAAAUGAAGAAAACUAUGCACAAGUUCUUGAUAAGUUUGGGAGUAAUUUUUUAAGUCGAGACAACCCUGACCUUGGCACCGCUUUUGUCAAGUUUUCCACUCUUACAAAGGAACUGUCCACACUGCUGAAAAAUCUGCUCCAGGGUCUGAGCCAUAAUGUGAUCUUCACCUUGGAUUCCUUGUUGAAAGGAGACUUAAAGGGAGUCAAAGGAGAUCUCAAGAAGCCAUUUGACAAAGCCUGGAAAGAUUAUGAGACAAAGUUUACAAAAAUUGAAAAGGAAAAAAGAGAGCAUGCAAAACAACACGGGAUGAUCCGCACAGAGAUAACAGGAGCCGAAAUUGCAGAAGAAAUGGAGAAGGAAAGGCGCCUCUUUCAGCUCCAAAUGUGCGAAUAUCUCAUUAAAGUUAAUGAAAUCAAGACCAAAAAGGGUGUGGAUCUGCUGCAGAAUCUUAUAAAGUAUUAUCAUGCACAGUGCAAUUUCUUUCAAGAUGGCUUGAAAACAGCUGAUAAAUUGAAGCAGUACAUUGAAAAGCUGGCUGCUGAUUUAUAUAAUAUAAAACAGACCCAGGAUGAAGAAAAGAAGCAGCUAACUGCACUCCGAGAUUUAAUAAAAUCCUCUCUUCAACUUGAUCAGAAAGAAUCUAGGAGAGAUUCGCAGAGCCGGCAAGGAGGAUACAGCAUGCAUCAGCUUCAGGGCAAUAAGGAAUAUGGCAGUGAAAAGAAGGGGUACCUGCUCAAGAAAAGUGACGGGAUCCGGAAGGUGUGGCAGAGGAGGAAGUGCGCUGUCAAGAAUGGGAUUCUGACCAUCUCACACGCCACGUCUAACAGGCAACCAGCUAAGUUGAACCUUCUCACCUGCCAGGUGAAACCGAAUGCUGAGGACAAGAAGUCUUUUGACCUGAUAUCACAUAAUAGGACAUAUCACUUUCAGGCAGAAGAUGAACAGGAUUAUGUAGCGUGGAUAUCGGUGUUGACAAAUAGCAAAGAAGAGGCCCUGACCAUGGCCUUCCGCGGAGAGCAGAGCACUGGGGAGAACAGCCUAGAAGAUCUGACGAAAGCCAUCAUUGAGGACGUGCAGCGGCUCCAAGGGAACGAUGUCUGCUGCGACUGUGGCUCGUCAGAACCCACCUGGCUUUCAACCAAUUUGGGAAUUUUGACCUGCAUAGAAUGUUCUGGCAUCCAUAGAGAAAUGGGGGUUCAUAUUUCUCGCAUCCAGUCUUUGGAACUAGACAAAUUAGGAACUUCUGAACUCUUGCUGGCCAAGAAUGUAGGAAACAAUAGUUUUAAUGAUAUUAUGGAAGCAAAUUUACCCAGCCCCUCACCAAAACCCACCCCUUCAAGUGAUAUGACUGUACGGAAAGAAUAUAUCACGGCGAAGUAUGUCGAUCAUAGGUUUUCAAGGAAGACCUGUUCAACUUCAUCAGCUAAACUGAAUGAAUUGCUUGAGGCCAUCAAAUCCCGAGACUUACUUGCACUAAUUCAAGUCUAUGCAGAGGGGGUAGAGCUAAUGGAGCCCCUGCUGGAGCCCGGGCAGGAGCUCGGGGAGACGGCCCUUCACCUCGCAGUCCGAACCGCAGACCAGACGUCUCUCCAUCUGGUUGACUUCCUAGUACAAAACUGCGGGAACCUGGAUAAGCAGACAGCCCUGGGAAACACAGCUCUGCACUACUGUAGUGCGUAUGACAAACCUGAGUGUUUGAAGCUUCUUCUCAGGAGCAAGCCCACUGUGGAUAUUGUUAACCAGGCUGGAGAAACUGCUCUGGACAUAGCAAAGAGACUAAAAGCUAUCCAGUGUGAAGAUCUGCUUUCCCAGGCUAAAUCUGGAAAAUUCAACCCCCACGUCCACGUAGAGUAUGAAUGGAACCUUCGACAGGAGGAGAUGGAUGAAAGUGACGAUGAUCUGGAUGACAAACCAAGCCCCAUCAAGAAAGAGCGUUCACCCAGACCGCAGAGCUUCUGCCACUCCUCCAGCAUCUCCCCGCAAGACAAGCUGGCUCUGCCCGGAUUCAGCACGCCAAGGGACAAACAGCGGCUCUCCUAUGGAGCCUUCACCAACCAGAUCUUCGUCUCCACAAGCACAGACUCGCCCACAUCGCCCACUGCAGAGGCACCCCCUCUGCCUCCCAGAAACGCCGGGAAAGGUCCACCUGGCCCACCUUCAACUCUCCCUCUAAGCACCCAGACCUCUAGUGGCAGCUCCACCCUAUCCAAGAAGAGGCCUCCUCCCCCACCACCCGGACACAAGAGAACUCUGUCCGACCCUCCCAGCCCACUACCUCAUGGGCCCCCAAACAAAGGCGCAGUUCCUUGGGGUAAUGAUGUGGGUCCAUCAUCUUCGAGUAAGACCACAAAUAAGUUUGAGGGACUGUCUCAGCAAUCAAGCACCAGCUCUGCAAAGACUGCCCUCGGCCCAAGAGUUCUUCCUAAACUACCUCAGAAAGUGGCACUAAGGAAAACAGAAACCAGCCAUCAUCUCUCGCUAGACAAAGCCAGUAUCCCGCCCGAAGUCUUUCAGAAAUCAUCACAGUUGGCAGAGUUACCACAGAAGCCACCACCUGGAGAGCUGCCCCCAAAGCCCACAGAACUGGCACCCAGACCCCAAACUGGAGACUUGCCACCUAAGCCGGGAGAACUGCCCCCCAAGCCGCAGCUGGGGGACCUGCCGCCCAAACCCCAGCUCUCAGACUUGCCCCCCAAACCACAGAUGAAGGACCUGCCCCCCAAGCCCCAGCUGGGAGACCUGCUAGUCAAACCCCAGCCUGGAGAUGUCUCACCCAAGGCUCAGCAGCCCUCUGAAUUCGCCCCGAAGUCACAGCCAGCAGAUCUCUCUCCGAAUGUGCAGUCCAGAGAUGCCAUCCAGAAGCAAGCAUCGGAAGACUCCAAUGACCUCACGCCUAUUCUGCCAGAGACGCCCAUACCACUGCCCAGAAAAAUCAAUACGGGGAAGAAUAAAGUGAGACGAGUGAAGACCAUUUAUGACUGCCAGGCAGACAACGAUGAUGAGCUCACGUUCAUCGAGGGAGAAGUGAUCAUUGUCACGGGGGAGGAGGACCAGGAGUGGUGGAUCGGGCACAUCGAAGGACAGCCGGAAAGGAAGGGGGUCUUUCCAGUGUCCUUCGUUCACAUCCUGUCCGACUAGCAAAAGCAGAACCUUACGAUUGUGCACACCCUUCGUGCAAGACUGCCGCCCCAUGUCAUCCUGUGCACAACGUGUAUAUAGCGGCUGUUACAGAUCAGAAACUCUCGGAAGGGCCACUCAGGAGGGGAGUACAGUGUGCAUUGUAAAUAUCCCAUGGUCUUCUGCCUCCGCCAGUAUUAGGGGAGCCUCGGGACCCGGCGCGCCUUACUGGCUUGCCAAAGCCAUCCUUGGCAUCUAGCACUUACAUCUCUCUUCGCUGUUUUACAAGCAGACAAACAGACGAGUAUAGGAACUGCUGGCUUUGCAAAUAGAAGUGGUCUCCAGCAACCGUUGAAAGGCAUGGACUCGACUCUGUUCCUAACAAUGCAGUAUUCUCAGUUGUUAUUGGAAAUGCAACAUUAGCAAAGAGGUGGGUUCCGUUUUCCAGGUGAAGCUUUGCACUCCAUGGUAGACCAGCCUGUAGUUCUCUGUGUACACCGUUUACAGCUACAAAAACCUACUUUGGUAUUUAUUACAGAAAAGUGCUCAGUUAAGUGUAAGUGUUAUUCCUUCAGCAAAAUAUUCUCUGACCCAAAACUCUUGGUGGCAUUUGACAGUGCACCACAGCCUCAUGCAAGUUUAAACAAGUGGAUUUAUACUGUCUUAUGAUGGUGAGUGCCCACCCCUGAGAUAUUACCUCAUUAUGCAAAAAUAACAUAUCCUUCACAACUAUUUUGACAAAAGUUUAAAACACGUAUGAUGAAGUUCAACUUUCAGGAAUCAAGGACUGCCAGAAGAUAUUAGCCUCUACAUUAUGCAUGCAUUUAGAAGCUUACCUGAAAUCUGCCUUUUAUAAAGGAAUAGUAUAUGGAUGAGUGGAACUGUACAUUUUUUAAACUUGAUUGCCAUUAAAGCAGAAAUUAUAAGGUUGCAACAGUAUUUGUUUCUAGUCAUUUGGCUUCCCCGAGAGUGUGGAUUCACAUAUCCUGUCAUGAAUCAGCAGCCCGCAAAUGUGGCGAAGCAUCUGAUGUGUCAGUUUUAAAUUAUUUUCUUAGUUUUAUUCUUGGAUAAAUUUAAAUUUUUUAAAGAUUAUUCAAGAUGAAGAGUUUAACAGCCAGCCCUCCACGCAGCUUCCCUCCUAUAGAAUCCAGGUGCUGAAACCAAGCUUUUCUUUUCCCUCGCUCUUGGUUAAACUCCGGUUAGAAAUGAGUCUUCCCAUCUCAAGCUCUGUCCACCCUCAAGUCAAUUCAUAACCACGUUGUGGCCGCUGCUAUGAAUUGCACUGUGAAAAGCACUCUCUCCUGCUCAGUUUUUUUCAUCCCAGUGUGUUCAUCAGAUCAUUAAGAACAUCCUGAGUAUUUCAGUCUUUCACAUCAGUCUGAAUUUUAGAGAAGAAAAUACAAUAGUUGUACUCAGCAGUGAAACUGUUCUCUGAUUCUGAGGCUCAUGUGUCGUUAUGGCAUUACAUUUGCUUAAAUUGCUAUUUUGGCAACAGCACAGAAAACUAAUAUUUUUAAGCAGAGAAUCUUGGCAGUGAGUGAGAAAUGUUAAUUUCACAGAAGCACAACUCCUGACCAAACCCGUAGGAAAAGCCCUCUGUCAUAGCUCCAGUGCUCAGUGAGUAUUAAUUUAGUUCUGCUUAAGUGGUUACUAUGAAAACUCUGAAUAGCCACCUAAUAAAUAAACCUUGCAUGACAAACCUGCAAAAUAUUUAUCAGCUGUUAUUGGAAAGUGAUCUUAAGCAAUUGCUCCCUCAGUGUCAGGGCACAUGUGAGUUCCCACCCGUGCCUGAGAACGCGUGGACCCAUCAACAUGCUGGUGAGUGACUGGCAGCUCAGUGGCUCGAUGCCGAAGCCACAUGCGCGUCAGGACAGAAGUCAGCCCCCGAGGUUGCCCAGCGUCCCAGUCAUUGGUUCGCGUGUUCUAACUUGUGUUAUGGAGCUCUUCGUUUUUGUGGCCCAGACUAUUUUCAACUAUCUCAGAAUAAACUGGUUUUUUAAAAAAACAAAAGCCGCAUGUCUAAAAUUACACGAGUUAAUGUCUAUUUUUUCCCCUUUUGCAGCAACUUACACAAAUGCAUUUUUGGAUACUUUUGUUUCUGGAUUUUUUGUUUGUUUGCUUUCCAUUAGGAAUUUGAGUUCUCUCUAACCCAGCUUACAUGGGACAACAAGCUAGAAAUGCCUUCGGUUAUCUUGUUGAGUUUAAGCCUGAUCUCGCUCUGAAACUUGGUGAGCCACUGUCUGCAGUUUUGUACGUGAUGCAGCAUGUGAAGGUAUGGAACUUUAUGAAAAAAGCAGCAAAUGAGUUGUUUUCUCCCCAGAGGGGAAAGUCAUGUUCCGCAAAUGGUGUAUGUCUUACUUUACUGUCGAGCAGCAAUUGCUACUUAUUUUUUUAUUGCCUGGAACUUCAACAUGUCGUGUAGGAGUCUUGCAGUGCCACCAGUUAAAUUCCGAAUCCUCAUCUGGGUGUCACCAUCCAACAUCAGUACACUUGGCAUUUCACAUGUAUUUAAUGUGACCGUUUUUCAGUACUGUGUGUGUUAAUUUCUACUUUUUUUAAUAUUUAAAAUUGCUUUUAAAUAAACAUAUUCUCAGUUGAUCCCAAA